CUACUUCUUUGACCACGGCGUAUACGGACCAUCUUUCAGUAUAUUUUCUUCUUCUCUUUUAAAUUUUAAAAUAAAUAAAUAAUGUAAAUAAUUGGAGGUUAGAAAAUUAGAAAUUAUGGUUUAAAAAUCUACUUUUCCCUUUAUUAAUUUUAAUUCCAGUUAAUGAAUAAAAAUAUGACGACUGUGCUAAGAUUAUACAAAAAUUCGUUUAAAUAUUUAAACAUUGCACCCAAAUCAAUUGUAGUUACUCGUCAAACACAAAAAUACUUUAGUAGUUACCAGAGAGUAAAUGCUAAACAAAUAGGCCCUUUUGGUUGGUUUCUUCUAGUGAUACCCGUGUCGACGUUUUCAUUAGGCGUUUGGCAGGUACAGAGAAAAAAAUGGAAAGAAGGCCUUUUAUUCGAUUUAAAAGAAAAAACGACAAGCGAUCCUGUAAAACUACCACCUAAUUUGGAAGACUUCAAACAGUUGGAGUACAAACCGGUGCAUGUCAGAGGCACAUUUUUGCAUGAUAAAGAACUUUAUUUGGGACCUAGAUCGCUUUUGGUACAAGGAGAUGCAUCUACAAAGAGCUCAUUAGUAUCUGGAAGCGCUAUUGGCAGUCAAGGUUACUUAGUAAUUACACCCUUGAAAUUAGAAGACAGAGACGAGACAAUAUUGGUGAAUAGAGGUUGGGUGCCAUACAAGUUUAAGGAUCCUAAAACCCGGCAGAGCAGCCAAGUUUCUGGUGUUGUAGAUGUAAUUGGUAUUGCACGGACUCACGAAAACAGACCAACUUUCACAAUGAAAAAUAAAGAAGGAAGUAAUACUUAUUUCUAUAGAGAUUUAGAGCACAUGUCAGCAGUUACUGGUGCUUCUCCUAUUUACUUGGAUGCCACUACAGAUUUUGACAUUCCCAAUGGACCAGUAGGAGGUCAAACAAGGAUAUCUUUAAGAAAUGAACAUAUGUCUUACAUUUUAACUUGGUUUUCGUUAUGUGGUGCUACAAGUUAUAUGUGGUUUAAACAGUUUGUUAAAUAAUAUAUAUUUUAUUAGUUGAAA